AUGUCCCUCACAAGACGAUCUUCACCACCCGACGGGCGCGAGCCCUACAUCAUCGGCCAGCUCGAAGGCGAACGCAUCACCAUCCCCGGCAGCAAAGGUGUGUUCCGCAUCUUGGCCUCCUCCAAACAGACUGGGGGGACAAUGGCCGUUUUCCAAAGUGCAGCUGUGCUCUCUGACGCACCGGGAUUCCAUUACCACAACGAAGCUCAUGACGUUUUUCUCGUGACCAAAGGCUACUUGAAGCUUUGGAACGGUGAUAAGUGUCGGAUUAUGGGACCGGGAGAUUUUGCUUAUGUUCCUCCUCACAUCGUUCACAACCCUGAAUUACUUGGUCCACAUACAGAAACAUACGGUCUGGUCACCCCCGGCGACUGGGUUGAUUUUUUUCGUCACGUCUCCGAGCCUUAUGAAGGCCUCAUUCUCCCCGAGCACGACAACCGCGAUUUGAAAGCCCUUUUGAUCCCCAAAGUCAUGGCCGCCAAAGGCCAAUUCGACGUCGUAUUCCAGCGAGACUACGUACCUCCUGCAUUGGGAGAAUGGGACCAAGACGACGAAAAGCUACCUGCAGGCGAGAAACCACUUCCUUACUUUUUACGCGCAAACACCGGACCUCGAUGGCUUUUGGGAGGUGUCAUGUCACGACCAUUCAUAACCACGAGCCAAUGCAACAGCGUCUGCGCUAUUUCUAGCAUCGAGUCAUCAGAUAUAUACCCCGAAUCGGAGUCGAUAUUCUCCAAGCAAUUAACAUUCAAGACUGUUGACCACUGCCUCUGCGUUAUCGAGGGCUUGUUAAUAGUCCGUCUCCCUGGACAGCCCGACAGCGUCAUCCGCGAAGGCGAGACGGCGCUCAUCCCAGCUGGACAACCUUUCUCCUUGAAAUUUGCCAGUCGAUAUGUCAGGGUGUGGUCCUUCACCAGCGGGGAUGGAAUUGAGUCGUUGAUUCAUAAGCUCGGAACACCGUUUGAGAGCUUCGUGUUGCCGGAUCAAGCGUUGGAGGGAAAUAUUGAUAAGCAGAAGUUGGAGGAGGUUGCAAAGGAGAUUGGUGUUGAUAUCAAUUAG